GGCAGGGCAGGGAGGUGGUGAUGUCAAAGCGGGCGGGGGAAGGAAGGUGGGCAACUGCCAGGCAACAGGUUCCAGAUCAGAAUCGCCCUUUCAGACCGUUCUCUCUCGCCUUCUUUCGUCCUGGGAUCAGAGUGGCGCCUGGCUGAUUAAGUCACCUCUUUCCCUUCUUCUCCCUCCUUAUCAUGGGGGGGGGAAAGAAAAAGGGGGAAGAUCCCGCUUCUUCCUCCCUCAGCCCCUAUGGGGAGAAGUGCAAAUUUGAUCCCUCUUUCCGUGGUCCCAUUCAGAAAAGGAGCUGUACCGACAUUAUCUGCUGCAUUCUCUUCACAGUUUUCAUUGCCGGCUAUAUCGUGGUGGGAAUUCUGGCAUGGGUAUAUGGUGAUCCCCGGCAGGUUAUUUAUCCCAGGAAUUCAACUGGAGCAUAUUGUGGAACCAGCGAAAAUAGCAACAAACCUUUUCUUUUCUACUUCAACAUUAUGAAAUGUGCCACAAGUGUGAACAUCCUGGCAGCUGCAAUGAAUGGAUUGCAGUGCCCUACGACACAGAUUUGUGUCUCAUCUUGCCCCGACAAAUUUUGGGUGGUGCCUCCGCAGAGCUUGGUUGCUCUAAAUGAUAAGCCUGAUAAAGUAUGGAACCAGUUGUUUUGCCAGCCUGGUGUUGACCUCAAGACUACCAACCUGACAGUGAAAGAAAUUCUUCACUUCCAGCUAUGUCCGGAAUUCACAGUCCCAUCUAAGUCACUGGUUAAUCGUUGCUUCCCUGCUUUUAACAUCUCUGACGAAAAAGCCUUUAGUGUGGGUGGAAUGACUUCAAAUCAAACCCUGGAGUAUAUCAAGAAUGGUACAGCAGAUCUUAUACAGUCUCUCGAUGCGAAGAACAUUGGACUAAAGAUCUUUGAAGAUUUCACACGGUCAUGGUACUGGAUCCUGAUAGGGCUGCUGAUUGCCAUGGUGCUGAGCCUCAUAUUCCUCCUGCUGCUGCGCUUCACUGCUGGGAUUCUGGUGUGGAUUCUCAUCGUGGGGCUGCUGGGUGUCAUUGCAUACGGGAUCUACCACUGCUAUAUGGAGUACCGUGACCUUGACAAGAAGGGAGCCACCAUCCAGUCCAUUGGUUUUACCACCAACUUGAGUGUCUACAGUAGCGUCAAGGAGACGUGGCUCGCAGCCUUGAUAAUCCUGUGUGUGGUGGAAGUCAUCUUGCUCCUCACCCUCUUGUUCCUCCGCAGCCAGAUCUUAAUCGCCAUUGCACUCAUCCGGGAAGCCAGCAAAGCCGUUGGAUACAUGAUGAGUUCUCUUAUCUAUCCCUUGGUGACCUUCGUCUUGCUGGUAAUAUGUGUGGCCUACUGGGGCAUGACUGCUCUAUAUCUCGCCACCUCUGGAGGGCCCCUUUAUCGCGUCACACCCACAAAUGACAGUGAUCCUGCCUGUGUAGAAAUCUCUGGUAAUGAUAGCUGCAAUCCACUGGAGUUCAAUGUCUCCUCCAAGCUCCCUUGCGUGGUCAAAUGCACCUUCUACAAGUACAAUGACGAAGGGCUGUUCCAGCGCAACCUCUUCAAUCUGCAGAUCUACAAUGUCCUGGGUUUCCUCUGGUGCAUCAACUUUGUCAUUGCUCUGGGGCAGUGUGUGUUGGCGGGCGCUUUUGCCUCUUACUACUGGGCCUUCAACAAGCCCCAAGACAUCCCAGCUUGUGCUGUAAUCAGCGCCUUCGUCCGGACAUUACGAUAUCAUAUAGGAUCCCUUGCUUUUGGUUCCCUCAUCCUCACUAUUGUCCAAGUCAUCCGCAUUGUACUGGAAUAUCUGGACCACAAGAUGAAAGAUUCCCACAAUCCAGUUACUAAGUGUAUGCUUUGCUGUCUGAAGUGUUGCUUCUGGUGUCUGGAGAAGUUCCUCAAGUUCCUCAAUAGAAAUGCCUACAUAAUGAUUGCCAUUUAUGGAAAGAAUUUCUGUGUGUCGGCCAAAAAUGCUUUCAUGCUCCUGAUGCGUAAUAUUGCCAGAGUUGUAGUAUUGGAUAAAAUCACUGACCUGCUGCUGCUUUUUGGGAAGCUCUUGGUAGUUGGUGGAGUUGGCAUUUUGGCGUUCUUCUUCUUCACGGGGCGAAUCCCCAUUGAUAAUCCCCAGUUCCAAUCCCCAGUUCUCAACUAUUAUUGGCUGCCCAUCCUGACUGUUGUGGUAGGUGCCUACCUCAUAGCUCAAGGAUUCUUCAGCGUCUACAAUAUGUGUGUUGACACUCUCUUCCUCUGUUUCUUGGAAGACUUGGAGCGGAAUGAUGGCUCCCAACAGAAGCCGUAUUACAUGUCCAAGUCCCUCAUGAAGAUCCUCAACAAGAGCAACAAGAGUGCCAAGAACAAGUAGAAAUAAUUCAGUGCAGGCAGGAAUGCUCCCCUUGCUACAUCAGCUCACAAUACUGGACCACAACAUUUCUUACUAUGUCACUUCCUGUCAGCCAUUCCUGGCUUUGAGACC